UGCUGCCGGUGACAGAAUUGCGAAUAUAUAUAUAAUAAAAUCAGUGUCUGCUGCUGGCCCCACAAUACAGCUAAAAUUGCAACCAAACGAUAGCAGCACACCACGAAUAUGGCAUUAAAAAAAGUGAAGGGAAAUUUUGAGCGUAUGUUUGAUAAAAACUUAACAGAUCUGGUGCGCGGCAUAAGGAACAACAAGGAUAAUGAGGCCAAAUACAUAUCGACAUGCAUUGAGGAGAUCAAACAGGAGCUGCGACAGGACAAUAUCAGCGUCAAAUGCAAUGCCGUGGCCAAGCUAACCUACAUACAAAUGCUGGGCUACGACAUCUCCUGGGCAGGCUUCAACAUCAUCGAGGUGAUGAGCUCGUCACGUUUCACCUGCAAGCGUAUCGGCUAUCUGGCAGCCAGUCAAUGCUUUCAUCCCGACAGCGAGCUGCUCAUGCUGACGACGAAUAUGAUACGCAAGGAUCUCAAUUCACAGAAUCAGUAUGAUGCUGGUGUGGCGUUAAGCGGCCUAAGUUGUUUCAUAUCGCCCGAUUUGUCCCGCGAUCUGGCCAAUGAUAUUAUGACACUGAUGAGCUCUACGAAACCCUAUCUGCGCAUGAAAGCCGUCCUAAUGAUGUAUAAAGUAUUUCUACGCUAUCCCGAAGCACUGAGACCUGCCUUUCCAAAACUCAAAGAGAAACUGGAAGACCCCGAUCCAGGUGUUCAAUCCGCUGCCGUGAAUGUCAUUUGUGAAUUAGCGCGUAAGAAUCCAAAAAACUAUUUACCUUUGGCGCCAAUCUUCUUCAAGCUGAUGACCACCUCGACCAACAACUGGAUGCUGAUCAAGAUCAUAAAGCUGUUUGGCGCUUUAACUCCCUUAGAACCCCGGCUAGGAAAGAAAUUAAUAGAACCACUCACAAAUCUAAUUCAUAGCACCUCGGCCAUGAGUCUUUUGUAUGAAUGCAUCAACACGGUGAUAGCAGUCCUCAUCAGCAUCAGCAGUGGCAUGCCCAACCACAGUGCCUCCAUACAGCUCUGUGUCCAGAAGCUGCGCAUACUCAUCGAGGACUCGGACCAGAAUUUAAAAUAUCUGGGGCUGCUGGCCAUGUCCAAGAUCCUGAAGACGCAUCCGAAGAGCGUGCAGGCGCACAAGGAUCUAAUAUUGGCCUGCCUGGACGACAAGGAUGAGUCAAUACGGCUGCGCGCCUUGGAUCUGCUCUAUGGCAUGGUCUCCAAGAAGAACCUCAUGGAGAUCGUCAAACGUCUGCUCGGCCAUAUGGAGCGGGCCGAAGGCUCUGCCUAUCGCGAUGAGCUGCUCUACAAGGUGAUCGAGAUCUGUGGCCAGAGUUCCUAUUUGUAUGUGACGAAUUUCGAGUGGUAUCUCACCGUCCUCGUUGAACUGAUCCAACUGGAGGCGGGCUCGCGGCACGGCCGACUGAUUGCCGAGCAGCUGCUGGAUGUGGCCAUACGUGUGCCGGUUGUCCGUCAGUUUGCUGUGAACGAGAUGACCAAUCUGCUGGACACCUUCACCGUGUCGGCACAGAGCAAUUCCAUGUAUGAGGUACUCUAUGCGGCCGCCUGGAUUGUUGGCGAGUUCGCCGGCGAGCUGGAGGAUGCCGAGAGGACGCUGAACAUACUGCUGCGUCCGCGACAGCUGCCCGGGCACAUACAGGGUGUCUAUGUGCAGAAUGUGAUUAAGUUGUUUGCCCGCCUGGCCACCACAUGCCUGGAGCUCCAGGACCUACCAGGCAUUGUUAGACUCUGCGACCAUGUCUUGGACAAGCUGCAGCACUUCAAUGGCUCCAGCGACAUUGAGGUUCAGGAGCGAGCCAGCUCUGCCUGCAUGCUCAUCGAAAUGCUGCGCACCCAGCUGACGGCGACAGAUGAAUCCGCCAUGGUCAUGGAGACAGCGGAAAGCGGCAUACCGCCGCUGGCCAUCGAGAUAGUUCAGGAGAUGACGCUGCUUUUUGCUGGGGAGCUGAUACCGGUGGCACCCAAGGCACAGCGAAAGGUGCCGCUGCCAGAUGGCCUCGAUUUGGAUGAAUGGAUCAAUGCCCCGCCACCGGAAGACAAUCCGAGCAGCUCCUCCUCCGAGCAUGACAAGGAAGAGCUGUUUGUGAGUGCCGCCCAAGCGGGAGGGGGCACAGCGAUGGGCCACGAUGGCGGCCACGGUGGAGCGGGCAAGCGACGCAAAAGCCUAGAACUGACGCCCGAGCAGAUGGAGAGACAGCGCCUGGCCCGCCUCAUCGAGCAGUCGAAUAAUCCGCAUUACCUAAAGUCCACGAACGCCUCCGCCUCGGCAGCAGGGGCGUCCAAUGCGGAUCAGUACGACAACAUAGAUGAUAUACCCAUAACGGAGCUGCCACUGGACAUGGAUGGCGUGGCGGCACUACGUGUGGGCGUGACCAAGCGUUCGGACAAGUAUCUGCAGGAUCAGCAGGCAGCGGCGGCCUUGCAAGGCGGCGGCGCCGGCAAAGAUGGCAAAAAGAAGCAUAAAAAGAGUAAAAAGAGCAAAAAGGCAAAAAACAAAGUGGCCUACAACAGCAGCUCCGAAUCGGAAGGAGAACCAAAACCCUUGCACAUUGUCAACACCACACUGGACAUGCCCGAGGGCGUGUCGCUUUCAGACAGCGAGGAUAAAGACGGCAAAUACGAUCCCAAUGAUCCACAUAGAGCUUUAGAUAUUGAACUGGAUAUAGCGGACUUUGAGGCGCCUGCGGCCAGCAGAUCAGCGUCCAAAAAGUCCAAGGAGGGCAAAGAGAAUCUCAAGGUGCCAGCGGAACCAGCCACGAACAGCACCUCCAAGAAGGAAAAGAAAAAGGACAAGGACAAGACGAGGGAGCACAAGCGAGAGCGCAAGGCGCAUACUCAGCCAGUGGUCGUCGAUCUAAUCGAUGCCGAUACGCCCACGCCCAGUCCCAGGCAUGCUCCUCCCGCCACCACCACCGCCAACGCCAACAACAGCCUCAACACUUCAUCAACUGUCCUUCCAGAUGCAACAACCGAGGAGCAUCACAAACAGCAUAAAAAGAAGAGGAACAAGGAGAAAAACAAGGAGGCAGCAGCGUCAGUGGCGGAAGAGGCAACAGCAGCUAGCGGCAGCAUCAUCGAUGUAGAGGAUGAUGCCAGCACGCUAGUGGCGUCCAAGACGCACAAGAAGAAACAUAAAAAGGAGAAAUCGCGACGAAAGGAAAAGAAGGAAGAAUCAGAAUCAGCAACCGCGUCCGUUUCGGCAGCCGACUAUGAACAGCCACUGGGAAUCUCAACGCCCAGCAAAGAGAUUUUUUAAUUUCAAAUGCCUCCUAAACAAACAAAAAAAAAA